ACAGAGCAGAGCCAGCAGCGCCAGGAUGGUGCUGCUGGAGAGUGAGCAGUUCCUGACAGAGCUGACCAGCCUUUUCCAGAAGUGCCAGUUGUCGGGCAGCGUGUGCAUCACCCUGAAGAAGUAUGAUGGUCGAACUAAACCCAUUCCAAGGAAGGGCUCUGUGGAGGGCUUUGAGCCCUCAGGCAACAAGUGUCUGUUAAGAGCUACCGAUGGGAAAAAGAAGAUCAGCACUGUGGUGACAUCCAAAGAAGUGAAUAAGUUUCAGAUGGCUUAUUCAAACCUAUUGAGAGCUAACAUGGAUGGGCUGAAGAAGAGGGACAAAAAGAGCAAGAGUAAGAAGAGCAAAGCAGCGCAGUGAAGGGCACCAGAUUUCCCGCUUUCACCAGCUAACCACUGAAUUGCUAUUUUUCCUUUGGUUUUUACUUUUGGCCACAAAGCUGGGUUUCUGAUUCCCCUACAAUAACUGUUUUCAUGUGAGAUUAGGGUCGUUUUUGGAUGGAAGAAGGGCUGUAGUGUUUACAGGGUAGUUAACAAGAAGCCAGUUUAUUUUAGAUCUGGCUAAGUGGUCUGUGUUGUGUGGUUGUAUGUUUCUGGAUAAUAGUUUACAGUCUCUGUAGCCAUCUGUGAAGAGCACUGUAUCAUUAAACCUGUAUCUGUCAGCACUGACCAUCUUGUAUUCCUUUUCCCACCCCAUAAAAAGUUUCAGGCAAUAGCUCCUCAUUCUGGAACGAUGUGAUUAUGAAUAGGCUUUAGGCCCUGUCUUAUGGGUUACUGGAAUUGAAACCUGACAAUUUUAUAAAAAGUUGUGUUAUUUCAUGGGUAUUUUUCCCAACUUGCUGUAUAAUUUUAUCCUCAUAGUUCCUUUAGCAAAUUUGAAUGAGUUCUCAUAGCCAAAUGAGAGUUUGCUUAAUCAAACUAAGGACAAGCCUAUUGCAAAAUCAUCAAGAAUAAAGAUUC